AUGGUAGGUUUCCAGCGAUUUUCUUCUGAUUUUAGGUGAUAAACGGCUUGAAAAUUAUCCCUUCUUGGUCUAGAAGGUGUAUUCUACCUGGAUUUUUAUGAAUUUACCUUUUUGCAGAGUGUCAAGUUUCUACUCGAUUACGUGGACGAACAUGGGAAAAGUCGCCGCUCCGAGCGUUUCGAUGUGAAAUUGGAUAACAACGUAAAGUUCAUUGACGAGGGAUUUGAUGCUCUCAAGCUGCAACACAACCUUUCCAAGCGACUCGAUCCGGUGGACGGCCUUUAUUGGGUCAGUUUGGAAUUUUUUUCUUUAUUUUUCUGAUUUUAGGUAUCAUCAAGUAUAAUAUAAAAUUUUCGACUGCAAAUUGUUUCGUUUAGCAAAUAAAUUGGAGGGAAAGAUGUAAUAAGCUACAAUAAAGCUCAUUUUAGGUGGACGGUCGAAAAUAUCGCGGAGUAUUUCCAAUUGAAGCAGGAAACGUGUACAAGGCUGAGAUCAGAGUGAACUCCGCUGAUUUUCCGGAUGAAUCCGAAACUGUUGCGGAGAAGAAGCGAGUCCCACUCAAGCCCAGAGAGAUGACUGAGCGCGAGAAAGAACUUGAUGUGGAUAACGUAAGCAUGGAUACUUUAAAUUUAUAUUGUUUUAGGUAAGCAAUUUUCUAUUUUAUUUUUUAAAUUUUAGCUGAUCCCUGUUUAUGUUGGUGCUCCGGACUUCCCGAAGACCCCAAUGGUCCGUGAGGUCAUCACUCAUCGUGGCGCCAGCGUCAGUUGUGUUCUGACGAGCGCUUUUAAGAAAGGAAUGAUCCCAAUCAAGCCAGAAGGCCCCAUGAAGCAGAUCAAUGCGGCUACAAAUGAAGAGAAGAUUGUGAAUCAGUCUGAGAUUGCUAUUCCUGAACAUAUCUACGUCCCCGUUUGA